UUAAGUAUCGAAUGAAACUCUUUUAUAAACUCCUCAUAAAGCAUGUACGUUUUUCUGCAAGUUGUGGCAUUAGAAAUAAAGCACCGUGCGUGCUCGCUGUAAAAGAUGGCGAUUUAUAAAAACUAUAGAGAUGCUCUCCGGAGAAUAGCGUAGGAUUCACGAAGGCUUUCCUCGGUGGCAUGAGGCAGCCCCCAGGGACGACCACAAAAGGUGCGUAGCCUCGAUCCUCGAUCCUCUAUCCUCGGAACGCAGGGUUGAUUUAUGAGCCGAUGGUGGGGAGAACGCAUGCGCACCAGGCCACAGGAUUCACUGGGGUCUAUCCCCACCUCCAUAGAGGAACCCGGCAGAGCAUUCAGCCUCCUCCCUUCUUCGUCGGUUCCUUGUCCACUCGGUUAUUAAAACCGAGGCGACACGGUCGGCAACCAGCAAUUAUCUGGCGAACGCUCGGAGCCGCGCACGCUCCGAUCCGAGCGCAGUUCUUUUCGCUUUUCUUUUAGUUUUUCUUUUCGUUUUCGUUUUGCUUACCCACGGUAUCAGUGAUUAAGAUCGCGGGAUUACUUUGUCUCUUGUUCCAUCGAGGGAACACGUGUCGAAGGAUCACGCUCAUCGAAGGAGUAAUUAUAUUUGUGAAAGAGAGAAGCACGAGAAGUCGGAAAUCGAAGUGAUGGCACAAGUGAUGCAGUUUCAACAGAUGUGCAUGCCGACGAUGUCUCCGAUGCCGGGCAUGACGCCGAUGUCUGGCCUCUCGAUGCCGAUGCACCAGGCAACGGCGAUGGACUACGGAAGUCCGGGCAUCCAUUAUCAGCCGUACAAUCCUGCAUUAGGCAGUCAUCAUCUUCAGACCAGCCAAUCCGGCUACUGGUAUCCUGGAUCCUCGAGUCACGGUCAAAUUACGGAGCCGCUGACGCCGCCAGCGUACACGAUGCCGAGCGUAUCGAGCAGUACCGCAUCGUGGACCACUCAAACGCACCUCGGCCAGCCUCAGUUAACGACGAUCUCGGCGAUUCAGCAUUAUUCUUUGCCACCGAGUCCUGCCGAACUUCCACCGAGCCCUCAGGAUCACGCGUCGCCGUACCAGUGGCCGUUGACGCCGCCAGCGGAACAUCAUUUGCUCGGAACGGACGAGACCGGUAAAGCCGGCAGAAAGUGUACGAGAUGCCGAUGUCCAAACUGCCAAACGGAUAGUGGAGCUCAGUUGGGAAUCGACGGUAAAAGGCAACACGUGUGUCACGUGCCUGGAUGCGGUAAAGUGUACGGCAAAACCUCUCAUUUGAAGGCGCAUCUCAGGUGGCACACCGGCGAACGACCUUUCGUUUGCAAUUGGCUGUUCUGCGGCAAACGAUUUACCAGGAGUGACGAGCUGCAACGUCACCUACGAACUCACACGGGAGAAAAAAGAUUCGCUUGUCCUACGUGCGGAAAAAGAUUCAUGCGGAGCGAUCAUUUGACCAAACACGUGAAAACGCACGAGAAUCAGAAGAGGAAAAGUUCCGCGGCCAAGAAGGAAUCGAACAAGGAGAAUUCGUUGCACGCUGCGCCCACGCAGAGUUCGUAUCCAUCGAUUGGCGCACAGUAUACCAUGAUUUAGAAUUGACAAUUUUAGACAAUUCGAGUCGAGAAAGGAGUUGACGUUCACGGUGCUAACCGAUACGACCGCGGAAUCAUUGCGUGCCCGUCCUUGUAAAUACUUUUACGAAUGUUCCUUGUUUUGUUGUAAUUAUUGUACAUAGAGAGAAAAUGAUAUAUUUUUGUAAAUUAUACCUAGGAUUAAGUGGUUGUACUUAAAUUACGAUACGAAUUAAAAUGAUUAACGAUAAUACGUGUAGGUUAUUGAACGAUCCAAACUCGACAAAUCAAAUGCUCCUUUAACCUGUUCGUGUAGCGUUGCAGCGUGGACUAGGCGUGAUCAGAACGAACGUAAAUUUUAUGCGGACCAAAGCCUCGAUUUACCGUGAAAAUUCACAUAAUAACGAAUCAUUCCCUUGCCGUAUAUCAGGUUCCUCCUCGACAUCUUCCUGUCAUACGAUACAUCACGAGACCCGCCCAAGGAGCACAAUGCGGCGUGGAUACUUUAGAAUCGAGCCCUUCUUCGUCGUUUUCGAUGAUUUUCUACCUGGCAGGUGUUUCGAUAAAUGGAAAAUGUCAUUUCGUAUAAACUCUAUAACUCCACAUAGUCCUUUCGUUUUUUUUUUUUUGGAUAAAUUAGUAGAAAAGAUCGUUUCUAUUUACGGCUGCGAGAUACGCGAAGGAGAUUUUCUCGGUCCAACUGGGGCAAAGUUUUUAAAGGUACUUCGAAGCGGUUCGAAAACGAGUUUCUCGAGGGGGGAAAUUGAUGAAACGCGUACGGCACUGUAACGGGUCGUUUCAUUCGUAUUCCAGCCAAGAGAUGGCUGCACGGUGAAUGGAAAAAGCCCGCGUAGCCCUAUUAAGGGGGCGGCGCGCCGUAGCCCCAUAGCCCCGUUGCCCCAGCAAGGAUUCAUGGCUGGCACGUAGAGGCAGAGGUAAAGAGGCAGACGCAGAGAUAGAGGUAGAAGAAGCGCGAGAGAGGGAAAGCUAGAUGGCAAGGGAGAGAGGGAGAUCGAGGAAGAAACGAGAAGAAGGUGCGAAAGCGAGACGGAGGUGGAAGG